GCAGUGUCUCUGUCCCUUCAGUCUUCACGAUAAGCCCGGUGAUUAGCUCCAAUGGGGAACAACCCUUUCUCACUUCUCUCUCGUUAGGGCACUUUUGAACCUCCAAUUCCCGUACAUCCCGGAUUUUCCUUCCCACUUUCUCACCGACCAAACAGACCACCCAACCAACAACCAACCCUAAUCCACUCCCACUACUUGUAUGCUAUAUCAAAGCGUGACGGAGAGAAAGUAAGGGAAGGAAAGAGAGAAAGAAGAGUUGGGAAACUCCAAGUGCACGAAAUCCGCGCUCUUGACGGGAAUUCCGGCGACACCGAGCACCCCAGAAGGUCUCGCGCUUCGAUCUCUUUGAUUUGUUUUUUGGUUGUUUUUCUUCUCUCAGUUUCCCAAGUGGAAAGAGUAAGUUUUGGUUGUGAUUUAAGAGCGCAGAUCUGUGAGCUUUGGGUGCUUAUCCAAAUUGUCUGAUUAAGACAAAAAAAGAAAGAAAAAAGAAACAAGUAAUUAUAACAAAACAAAGCGGAUAACACCUGUCAGGACUCCAACCAAUGUUCAAAGCUCAGCGAAAGCUUUAAAUGCGGAGAGGAAGCAAAAAAUUGGUUGUGCUCAGAUCGGCGAAUGGGCUGAGGGUCUGAGAACAAUUUCAGAGGCCUUUGCUUUUGAAAGGCGGUUCUGGUGGAUGUCUGCGACUGCAAAAAGCUUAAACGAGAGAGCGAGCCUUCACUGACUUGGACCGUGAUAUAUCGGCGCAGCGUAAAAGAAGGCCUUUUUAUCACUACACAGCCAAAGUAGUCUCUGAAUUAUCGUCAUCAAUAUGAACAGGACACUGCAACCCCACCUACACUACUCUAAUCACAUCUCUUUCUCGAUCUAAAAAGAAAGGAAAAGAAAAAAACCCAAUCUCUCUCUCUCUACCUCUCUUUCUCUCUCUAGAAGCCGUACAAAACCUCACAAGCAAAAGGGUUUGUGUAAUUUGUGAAGAGUUUCUGUUUGAGAAAGGCAUGAAAGCGGUAUGGAGGUGGAGGAGAUUCAGCAGGGACAAGCUUGUAAGUUCCCAAGGGUUGUAAAUGACAGAAAUAUUGAGUCUAGCAAGAUAGGCUCGAGAUACGCAGAUGAGGAUGAAGAUGGAGAGCUCAAAAGGGUUAACAGCGGUGGGCCAAGUAGCGACGCCGUUUGCACUGCCAACAGGCUUCGCGGCUGGCACCACUCGUCGCGUAUCAUUAGGGUUUCACGGGCCUCCGGUGGAAAGGAUCGCCACAGCAAGGUCUGGACGUCCAAGGGGUUGAGGGACCGGAGGGUUAGGCUGUCUGUCACCACGGCUAUUCAGUUCUACGAUCUUCAGGAUCGGCUCGGUUACGACCAGCCGAGCAAAGCUGUGGAGUGGCUGAUCAAGGCCGCCGCCGACUCUAUCAACGAGCUUCCCUCGCUGAGCAGCUCUUUCCCCGACACCCCGAAGCAACUGAGCGAUGAGAAGCGAGCGAGUGCGGGUACUGAAGGUGGGUUCGAUUCAGCUGAGGUGGAGCGUGAUGGUGACCCCAAUUUUCAGCAAAAUCAAAGCCAGCACCUUUCUCUCUCCAAGUCUGCUUGUAGCAGCACCUCGGAGACCAGCAAAGGCUCCGGCUUGUCCCUCUCCCGGUCCGAAAUCCGCGUCAAGGCGCGAGAGCGGGCCAGGGAGAGAGCCAAGGAGAAAGAGAAGGAAAACGAUCAAAAUGUGAACCACAUUCAGCAAAACUCUUCUUUUACUGAGCUUCUCACCGGUGGAAUCAGCAGCGUUAACAACAACGCUGCUACUAGUCCCGCUCAAAACCAAAGCGGUGAUCAGCCUAAUUUGUUCCACAAGGCGGCGAGACAGUGGAGUUGUUCGACGGGCGCCCCGAUGGAGUACUUCGACUCGGGGCUCCUGGGGCCGUCGUCCCGAGCCGCCCAUCACUCAUCGGGAUUCUCCGGACAAAUCCAUAUGGGAAAUUCCCUUCCACAGACAAUGACAAUGUCUGUUAAUCCUUCGUCGUUCAAUGUCUCGGGGGAUAACAACCAUUUGGAGCUGCAACAUUUCUCCUUAAUCCCGGACCAUCUCAUCCCGGUGGCCGCGGCGUCAUCCCAGCCCACCGUUGACUACAAUCUCAACUUCACCAUCUCUUCCGGCCUUGCUGGCUACAACAGGGGGACCCUUCAGUCCAAUUCACCGUCUCUUCUGCCUCACCUCCAGAGGUUUUCUGCUAUAGACGGACCACACUUGCCCUUCUUCAUGGCUUCGGCGGCAGCUUCAGGGCCUCCGCCCAUGGAGAAUCACCACCACCAACACCACCACCAGUUCUCACCUGAAUUCGACGGCCGCUUGCAGCUCUGCUACGGCGACAAUAGCCGACACUCAGACCAGAAGGGAAAAGGCAAGAACUGAGUUCCUGUAAGAGCAGCAUUCCUCUUUGCCCAUCUUCUUCCUGGAAAGUGAAGAAGCAGCGGCAAGACGUGAGCAAAUGCAUGGCCUUCCCUUCAUCGGUUGAUACCUUAUUGUUGUGCUUCUGAUGUUGUUUUGUCUGUUUAAGCAAAUUUCAAGUCAUUCGGCUUGCAUUCACAUAUUUGGAUACAUAUAUUUAUCUACUCCUGCGCUGCAUUUGUGUGUUUUGAAGAAAUAUUACUUACAAUUCAAUUGAAGUAAUUCUUUAUCUUCU